UGAAGCUAGGAGCCUGGGGAGAGCCAGCGUCAACAUGACGUCGGCGCGUGACGUCAUCCGAGAGCCAAUCAGAAAUCGAGCGGCUGCCGGCAAGAUGGCGCAGCCGUGGAAGGAUGCGCUCUUGGUGUACGUGGCGGCGCCGGCGGAGCAUGCCGACGUCGUCUUCUACGACGAGACGGUUGUCGUCGUCAAGGACAAGUAUCCCAAGGCCCAGCUGCACCUGCUGGUGCUGCCCCGGCAGCCCAUGGCGUUUGGCGUGGAGGGCUUGACGCGAGCGCACAUGGGCCUCUUGCAACACAUGGAACGACUCCUGCCUACCAUCAGCCAUGGCACCGAUGUGCGCGUGGGCUUCCACGGCGUCCCUUCCAUGCGGCAACUGCAUCUGCACGUGAUUUCGACCGACUUGAUCUCGCCGUCGCUCAAAAGGAAGGAGCACUGGAACUCAUUUACGACGUCCUUCUUCAAGCCCUUGGCGGAUGUGCUCGUGGCGCUAGAGGCGCAUGGCUGCGUACCCAUCGAUGUCACUGCCGAGCACGCCAAGCUCAAGACGCCGCUGGCGUGCCACAAGUGCAGCUCUACCUUUCGCCAGCUCCCGCAGCUCAAAAAGCACCUCGAAACAACGCACCCAUGCGAGACGAUGGCGCUUGGCUCGAUGAAGCGGGCAGCGAACAGCGCGCCACUGUCACCGCCGUCGAAACGAACCAAGGAUGCUACCACGUAGCCUUGACAACCGGCGAACGCAAAAAGUAUCUUCCUUGCCAAC